AUAAAAUCUUCCACUCUGUACCUUUCCUUCUUUCCUUUCUUGCUCUCUAACAUUCUGUUCAGUUUGUAUAACGACCAACUGAACCAUUUCCUCUUCAAUCGUUUCUGCAGAGCAGUAGCAUAGCUAGAAAUGUCGAGAUUUAUCCAGACAAUCAUCAUCUUGCUUAUCUUGGCAAGUUUCCUCCUUCAAAUCCUCGUGAUGUUGGGCAACUUUAAAGGCCUACGAUCAUUAUACAUUGCCAAAAUCGACGUCAGCUCAUCUGCCACUGAUAGUGGAAGCAUUCUGGGUGAUUUAUGGAAUAAAGCCAAAGGAUCAGCGCUCAAUAUACCUCAAUACAUCACAGUAGCUCUUUUCCUUAUGUGUGAACGAAACAAUACUUUUCAAACAAGCUGUACCCCUCCUUCGUUUGGCUUUACAUCAACCGCUCCUGGUAUCUUGGGUACAUUAUUAAGCCAAAUCCCUGACUCUGCUCAUAAAACUUUGAUGGGUGUUCAAGGUGGUGUCUUUAUCUUAUCGGCUAUUCUCAGUUUGUUUUUGUUGAUCUACAUGCUUCUUCAUUGCUGCACUACGCGUAAGAAUACGCGUGAAUAUAAUGCUUGCCAUCGCGCAUUCAUUUUCGUUCUCUUUGUCGUCGCAUUGGCUUUUGCUAUCGCUACUUUCGCCGUUCAAUAUGCUGCUUUUGGUGCUAUUAAGAUGGGUAUUGAAGCAGCCAAAAGUAAAUUCCUGCCCUCCUCCAUGAGUAGUUUGGUCAACUUGAACACUCACACUGGUAAUUCGAUUUGGGUCUCUUUGGUCGCUUUUAUUUUGCUGUUGAUUGCUACUAUUCUUAUGUCCUUUGUCGUCUUCUGCUGUGGUAGAAGAAAAGGUGAUUCGGCAGCUGAUGAAUUUGAUGCAUACGAAAUGGAAAGAGUGAGAGACUCAUAAAGUGGUAGUUUUGAGGUAUAUCUCAAAAUUCUGAUUUACUGCUGUCCAUCUCUUUUUAAUAUUACUUGUAACUUCUGUACUUAUAUAUAAUCAAAAGCCUUGCCUUACCUUUACUAUUAAUUGCAUGCACUCUCGAUAGAUACUCUUACCCUUUAAUACGAUCGACACAAUAAAUAAUGAC